AGCGCGUACCGAGAGGGUGACGAAAGCGGAAGGGGCGCAAGAGGCAGCGCUGCGGGAUGCGGUACUGAGCGCAAAAGGUUGCUUCUUCUCCCCGCAACAGACCCUGCCCCGCAAUGGAGAUGCAAGAUAGCGGACAAGAGACUGCAGCUUCUCCUUCUGCCCCUGGAACAGGAAAGUCAAAACUGGAUACCUUACCCAAAGAAGAGCUCAUCAAAUUUGCAAAGAAGCAGAUGAUACUUUUACAGAAAGUUAAAUCUCGAUCUGCGGAACUGGAAAAGGAACUUGAAGAACUGAAGUCAAAACCUGCUGCUGGAGGGACUGAUGAUAUUAUUCAGGCCCUCACGGAGAGACUGGAUGCUGUCCUUCUGGAAAAAGCGGAAAUCCAGCAGCAAUGUCUGACUCUGAAAAAAGAAAAUGUGAAAAGGCAGCAAGAAGCAGAGGCUGCUGUUGUCAAGGAUGAAGAAUUGCAGAAAAAGCUUCUACAAUUGAGCACCGAGUACUUGAAAGAAAUUGAUCGUCUUAAAAAUGAAAUGUUAACAGCAGAGUCUAGAUAUGAUGAAACUUUAGCUGAACUACAGAAGGAACUACAUGCAGAAAAGAAGAAACAGCAAGAUCUCACAGAUCAGCUUAAAUUUAAUAGUCACUGGCAAGAAGAAGUAAAAAAACUAGAGGAAGAGGUCCACCGGACAAAGACUGUGUAUGAGCAACAAAUCUCAGGCCUGGAGAAGCAGUUGGAAGCCUGCAGUGAAACUAAGAAGAAAGAAAUUUCCAGUCUCCAAAAUGUUAUUGAAAGCAAUUCUCAGGGUUACCAAAAUGAAAUUGAUAAGUUAAACGAAGAACUAAUGAAACUGAAGGCUUCUCACCAAGAAGAGGUGUCCAAUUUGAUGCAUAAGGUUGACGUUUCCGCUAAUGUUCAUGAAGAAGAGCAAAAUAAGAUAGAGCAGUUAAAGCAGGACUUGAGAGAGCAGCAUGAGGCACAAGAGAAAACCCUGCAGAAUGAAUUAUGUGCUUGCAAAGAGAAGUAUGAACGUGAACUGGAAUGUUUAAGACAAGCUUUAACUAAAAAUGGGGAGAACCAAAAAGAGAACGGAAAUGAACCGUUGGAGGCAGAACCAAUCGAAAAGAUCAGGCACUUGGAGAGUGCUCUGAAAGAGCUGGAAUCACAGCACAGUAUACUGCUAGAUGAAUUAACCUACAUGAAUAAUGUUAAGAUGAAACUAGAAAUGGAAGUCCAGCAUGUGAAAAAUGAGCAUUUUCAUGAACGGGAAGACUUGGAGUUCAAAAUUAAUGAACUACAACUAGCCAAAGAAGAUAAUUGCUGUAUAAUUGAAAAACUACAUUUGGAGCUUCAGGGCAUGAGAGGCCACUGUGAGAACACUGCUCAAGAGCACAGCCGGGAAAUUCAAGAUCUUAUGCUAAAGCAUGAAAGAGAGAUGUGUGAGGUUCAACAAGCAUUGUCAUCAGGUUUACAAGGAGAAAAUAGGUCACUGGCUCAGGAAAUACAGGAUCUCAAGGAGCAAUGUCAGAAGUAUGUCCAGGAAAAAGAAGAAGCCAUUGAUAGCUAUGAAAGCCUGAGAGAAACCAUGGAAACCCUACAAGCCGAAUUGGGGGAAUCGGCCGGCAAGAUAAGCCGAGAAUUUGCAUCGAUGAAGCAGCAGCAGGCCUCAGAUGUUGAUGAACUGCAGAAGAAACUUCGAGCAGCUUUCAGUGAAAAGGACGUUCUCCUGGAGACAGUAAAUCAUCUUCAGGAAGAGGUGGAACAGCUUUCUUGCAAAGGAAAGGAGGUCGAAGAGCUCAGGCUUCAAGCCAGAGCACUUCAGGAAAAAAAUGAGAAUCUUGUUGCUACUCUUCAUCAAAGAGAUGUUGCUGCAGAGGAGUUGGAAGAGAAAGAGCGAGAGCUUUGCUCUCAAAACAGCAUCAUGGCCAAUGAGGUUAAAUGCUCCAGGGAGACCAUCAGAAGCCUCCAGGAACAGUGCAAAGUGGAACAGGAGAAGGUCGUCGGACUUCAGCAGCAGGCUGAUACUCUUUGUCUUUGCAACCGUCAAUUAGAGCAGCAAGUGGAGGAAUUAGAAGAGAAAUCGAGAGUGUCUUCAUUGGAAAACGAAGAGAGUCAGCAGAAACGAUGGGAAUUGGAGCAACAAGUUGAAGCUCUUCAACAAGACAGGGAGCGUCUGUCGUCUGAAGUCAAGAGUCUUUGUGACGAAAGUCACAAACUGAAGGAAGAAAGAGAAGGAGUUGACCUGAAGCUGCAGAGCAUGGCCUCUGAAAAAGAGGAAUGGCUGUUGUUUAAAGAGAAAGCGGGCGACUUCAAAUUGAAACUAAAUACGGUCAGUGAUGAAAAGGACCGUCUGGAGAAGCUCCUUGGCAAGGAAAAGGCCUUAAGGGACCUUGUCGUGAGUCAGCUGUGCGGUCUCCUCGAACAAAUGGGCUCUGGAUAUCAAGAGGAAAAUGAAGGGUGUGAUGUGGUUGCUCUCCUGCAAGCUGCAAGAGAAUCCUUAGCAAGAAUGAAGCAAGAGAGACAGAAUCUGACUCGGCAGCAAGACGACAAUGCAUUCUUGCAGGAGGAGCUCAGGAGGCUCCAGGAAGAAAAGGCAGCUUGUUGUAUCGAGCUGCAAUCCCUGCUGGAUGACUCCAAGAAAGAGAAAUGCCUUUUGAGGGAAGAACUCGAAGGGGCUUUGUCAGAAAAAGAGGCCCUGCAGCUAGAUAUCCAAGAGCUGACCCAUGCCGGUGAAAAGGUCAAGGCUGAGCACCACAACCUUCUGUCUUGUGUUGAAGAUAUUUCUGAGAAGCUUGCGGAUCGGGAGAGUCAAAUGAAAGAGCAGGAGAAAUCUUUAGAAGAGGAGAAAAACAAUCUAAAGUUAAUUCUAGAACAAAAAGAGUCUGAGCUGAGAAGUGUGCACGCUGAGCUUUCUUUGCUAAAGAAUUCCAUGGCAGAGUCUUCUGCUAACAGUGACCAAGAAGCAUUGGAAUCACAAAAAAUAGUGAAUUUAGAAAAACAGCUGAAAGAGAAGGAAGAAAAGUUAAAUAAAAUUAAAGCAGUUGCCGUGAAAUUAAGGAAGGAACUGGAUUCCAGCAAAAAAGAGGUGCAUUCACUUAGAGAAGAUCUGGAGCAGACACGGUCAGAGAGACAGAAGCUCUCUUCUUCAAUGGAAGAAAUCAUUCAGGGAGCAGAGGGCUAUAAGAAUCUCUUAAUAGAGUUUGACAAACAAGCAGAACAGCUGGAUUUUGAAAAAGAGCGAACUCGGCACUUGGAACGUCAGAUAGAGGACCUUAUGAAACAACUGGAUACAUCAACUCAGCAGCAAGACCAGUGGUGCUCUGCUAAGGAAGAUCUCUUGGCUCGGAUAGAGACGCUGCAGACGAACACCAAGCUGUUGGAAACCCAGCUGUUAGAGAUGCAGAAAGCCAAAUCAAAAACAGAUAAAGAACUUGAAGCUGAAAAACUUCUGAAAGAACAAAAAAUAAAGGACCACAGCGUUACCGCAAAAGAGGUUGAAGAACUGCAGGCCCAGCUUCAGAAAGACAGAAAGCAUCUCCAAAAAGUCUUGGAAGAACUGGAGAUGGCAAAGAAGGGUGCGCAGAAGAGUACAUUGAUGGACAUGGAAAUAGCUGAUUAUGAGCGUUUGGUCAAAGAACUGAAUCAAAAGCUGAGUGACAAAGGCACCAGGAUUGAGGAUCUUGAGCAAGAGAUCAAAAUUCAGAAGCAAAAGCAAGAAAUGCUACAAGAUGAAAUGAAAUCAUUUCAGGCCUCUGUACAACAGUUUGAGGAUAAGAACUCCAAGAUCAAGCAGCUGCUGGUGAAAACAAAAAAAGAGCUGGCCGAUUCAAAACAAACUGAAAACGAACUUCUGAGAAUUCAGGCGUCCUUAAAAGGAGAGUUGGAAGCCAGUCAGCAGCAAGUGGAAGCUUACAAGAUUCAGUUGGCUGAUAUCACCUCAGAAAAACACAAACUUCAGGAACAACUGAGGACUUCGAUAGAGCAACACCAGCGGGCUUUGAGCAAUUACCAGCAGAAACUUGCAACCCUCCAAGAAGAAUACAGUGCAGCAAAGGCAGAACACGCUGCUGUGUCUUCUGAUUUUGAAAGCUACAAAGUCCGUGUUCAUAAUGUUUUAAGACAGAAGAAUAAAUCUUCUCAAGCUGAAACGGAUGGGAGCAAACAGGAAAGAGAACAACUAGAGGAGAUGAUAAAUCAAUUAAAGAUAAAAUUGCAAGACACCCAGCACAACUUACAAAUUAACAUAGCUGAACUUCAAGCACUGCAGUCUGAACAUGACACACUGCUGGAACGGCACAAUAAGAUUCUUCAGGAGACCGUAGCAAAGGAAGCAGAGCUGCGAGAAAAGCUCUGUACAAUACAGUCUGAAAACCUGGUGAUGAAGUCAGAGCAUGCACAGACCACGAGUCAGCUGACAGCCCAGAAUGAAGCUCUUCGGAACAGUUUCCGGGACCAGGUCAGGCAUCUGCAGGAAGAGCACAGGAAGACCGUGGAGACUUUGCAGCAGCAGCUGUCCAAAGUAGAAACCCAGCUCUUUCAACUCAAAAGCGAGCCGAAUUCAAAAAGUCCCGCUCCUUCCAAUGUACCAACAAAGAACUUGCGAGAAAGACGGAACACUGACCUUCCUCUUCUUGAUGUGCACACUCUAGCUAGAGAGGAAGGAGAAGGAAUGGAAACCACUGACACAGAGUCGGUGUCUUCGGCCAGCACUUACAUACCAUCUUUGGAACAGCUCCUUAAUACACCUGAUAUAAAACUUGAACCUCCACAGUGGCAAGUGGAGCUCACGAAAGAAGAGCUAGUCCAGAAACUAAAAACUACAACAAAGAGCGCCGAUCACUUAAAUGGAUUACUUCGAGAAUCAGAAGCAACCAAUGUAAUCCUGAUGGAACAAAUUAAGCUUCUGAAAAGCGAAAUAAGGCGUUUAGAAAGGAACCAGGAACGAGAAAAAUCUGUUGCUAACCUCGAAUAUUUGAAGAAUGUUCUGCUGCAGUUCAUAUUUCUGAAGUCAGGCAGUGAAAGAGAGAGACUUCUCCCUGUUAUAGAUACCAUGUUACAGCUGAGUCCAGAAGAAAAAGGAAAGCUCGUUGCAAUUGCUCAAGGUGAGGAGGAGAGCACAUCACAGCCAUCUGGGUGGGCUUCAUACCUGCACAGCUGGUCAGGGCUCCGCUGAGACUAUGGGAAUGCUCCCUUUUCAGAUAUUCAUAUUACACAAAUUGCACUGAGAGGAAUCUCAACACUGAAGAAUGCACCAUAUACAAGUGUAGCAAGGAUAACUUUUGUGGGGGGGGGGGGGUUGUUGGUCAUUUGAAGUGACCAUUUGUUUUUUGGUGAAGUCUUGUGAACAGAGUGUCCUGGCCUCAUAUUCUUGUCCCUGUUUGGUGACUUGUAACCAGUGCAGGUAUUCUGAUGCUUGCUUGGAGCAAAGGACUGUCUCUUUCCUUGUUUGAGGAAGCUCAGUGUAUACAUCCCUUUGUGCGUCUGGAGCCUCCCCCCUCUAUUGAACGCUUCCAUUGGGAUUUCUGACUGCAGCAAGCAUCUUUAUUUGUAUUCAUCUGAAGCAGGUUCCUGUGUGAGAUAAUUAUCCGUCGCAAGGCCAAAAUGGAAUCAGCACUUCUGACCGCACAAGUUCUGGUUCUUUGUUCAGACAAUCUCCUGUUUUGUGCUUUGGCAAUGUUGACUAUACGACCUAGUAAAAUAGUUCAGAAUAUAGCGCACAAAUUGCUUAUUCCUCUGAAAAGGGGGAAGAGAGGGGGAAAAUGUUGGCAGCAUUCCAGUACUUGAACAAAUUGAGCGUAUGGCCCGAGUCCAAACUAAAUUGAGAGAUUCCUUAAGCUAACAGGGCACUAUCUAGUGUUUAGGAGAUUGCUGUAUCAGAUACUUUUGCCUGAGUGUUGAAUCAUUAGUUAAUGACUGCUGAGAACAAGCUUUCCUAAAGUAUCCCUUGACAAUAGGAGGGGGGAAAAAGAAUUGGAGAAGAUAUUUGACCUUAAGCAUACUUCAGUGUGACCAGUGGAACACAUCAGAAAGCUUCUUGAUAAUAGUGGAGGAGAUUCUAAAACUUGCUUCAGCGUUUGCCACAGGUUAUGAAUCAAAAAUAUAUUUGGCAAUGUGAUGGUUACCACUGGAAGGCUCUCAAGAUGUAUUCAGGUCAAUAUACCUUAAACUUCUGUGUGUUUUUCACCAAAGCGCGCUUUUUCUCCACCACUAUUCUCUAGGUCCCAGGUGUCAAACUCGUGGCGCUCCAGAUGUUAUGGACUACAGUCCCCAUCAUCCCGUCAGCAUGAUGCUGGCAGGGGGUGAUGGGAACUGUAGUUCAUAACAUCUGGAGGGCCACGAGUUUGACACCUGUGCGUGUCAUAAUCCUCUUUUCAAACAGUCGAUCUUUCCUGUGACCUUUUUUUUGCCUCUCCAGGAGUGAUGCUGUCCAGGACAUCACAAAAUGUAUCAUUUUACACAGCAUAACCCUCCAGUCUUGGUGAACUGUAUUCUGUUAACAUGUGCUUUCUGCUUCCCUGCUAAAGCUCUUUCUGAUAUCCAAAGGAGACACAGAUGUGUUCACCAUUUGCACAGUACCAUUUCCUCUACCACAGUGCGUUUAAGUUUUGUUCCUGUCAGCCACAUCGUUACAUGCCAGCAGGUGAGGCUGUUUUGACAGAUGGUCCACUUGGAAUUCCAGAUGGAAUUCUGGAGAAAGUGGAUGCUCUCCUUGAACUUGAGUAUAUGAACACAAGGUAUACACUGCUUUUUUUGGAGCUGUGUUCUGAUCUGGGGUGCAGCUCCAGUGAGAUUCACUGACUUGUUCCAAUGGAACUGACUGACCAGGGCAGCUAGAAUAGUCCUGUGCCUGGAAGUGAGUGAAAAAAUCAUGUGAGAGAGCCAUCACUCACAAACAGAGGACUUAGUGUGGCAAUAUCACGCGUCAGCCGUGAGUGUCAAUGAGUUUUAUGACCAAAGUAUGUAUUUUCUGUCAGGCUGGAAUGUGAGAAGGAAUUGUAUUUUUAAGAUGUGACAUGAGACACAGCCUUAAGCAACUCUGUUUGAUUUAGAGUAUUUACGGUGACUUUUUUCUGACUGCAAGGACUUCUGCUGUCUUCAAUUUUGAAAGCAAUGGAAAAGCAAGCCAAACGUGGAAAAUUAAAAAAAACUUUUAAUUAGUCAUAUCAGGUUAAAAGAUCUUGAUAGCACUGGCAGCUGAAAGGACAAACAUCAUUUGUUUGAAUCAUUUGUUUGAAUACAGCUGCUGUUCUAACUCCCAUUAUGACCUUCCUAUCAGUAGGUCUUUUUUCAGACAACAGACAUGCCAUAAAUCUUGAGUUUUGCAGUGGCAUUUCUUAAUUUAUCUUAUUUCAAGCUGUGUAAUUGUUAUGUCUUGUUUGUUGCUGUUUUUUUACUAUACAGUAGUGAACGAUCUUGGUUGAGCCUUCCUCCUGAACUUUGACAUGUUAAAACUGACCAGGAAAACAUCUUUGCACUGUCUUCUGGCCUUUCUUGUUUUUCAGAAUUGGAUUCACUGAAUAAUUGCUAUUAAUUGCAUUUUCCUAUUUGCACAAUUAUAACAAGUGUGACAAAAUGAACCUUUAGCCUAUUUUAAUGUUGUACUUUAAAUCCUGUUUUUUAUUUUUUUCAAACUGUGAAUAAAUUAUGCAUAUAAUUUUCUUUUAUUAUAUCUCAAAUUUUGAUUGUAUUAAUUCAUUGACUGUAUAAAUUCAGAUACUGUCAUUGUAAGUGUGACAUUCUGUAUGCAUGUUAUAACUGUACCUUUUGCUGAAGAGAAAAGUUAGAAGUCCUGGGACAGAAGUUCAGAUUAAAACCAUAGUUGUAAAACAUGGCUUUUUGUAAAUGCAAUAUAUUUAUGUAACUGUGUUAUGUAAGUGCUUUCAGCAAAACCUUGUAUUUAAACAAGGUAGACAUAUGAUAGAUCAACUAAAAUUAAAAAUUAUAUUUCCUUCUUUACAUAAAGAUACAGAGAAAGCUGAAAACUUAACAUUUCAUGAUGUUAAGCUUAAACAUUUCGUUUCAUGAAGGAUUAAACUUUGCAUUUCAUUUGUGAAAUCUCUAUGAAGCAUUCCAUGAUUUUCACUAGAGGGAGCAGCAAUGACUUCUGCUUCUCAUAAAAUUUGACUGAUUCUAUU